UCAAAUUUGCGUGUUUCUACUCAACUCAGUCCACCUUUCCCGUUUGAAUUGAUAUCCUAUCAGUUGAAUACCAACUCUUGUUUGAGCAGUUUGCAAGACACCUGUUACCCUGUUGUGAUUUCAUUCAGUUUGUUGAGAGUGCUGUGCGUACAUGUUUAGUAGAAAUCUCUUCGUAAAAUAUCAGUUCAAAAUGCCUUGCCCAUUUUUGACUCGACUUGGACAAAAUUACGUAAAAAGUUAUGCUCCUCUUUUGGUGAAAACCUACGGCAACCAAUGCCCUGUUAUAUCCAGAGCCCUCACAAAUGAUGCUAGACCAGAAUCUCUAUUGAAAUCAGAAGUGUCAGAGUCUGAUGUUGUACCUUGUCCAUUCUUGAAUAAAGUGAAAAAUGUUGUGAAACCAACAACUGACAAUGAUACCAUUGAGAUUAGAUCCAAUGAUCCAGACAAAAGUGAAAGUAAACCUGUUUUCCCUUAUGAAACGUUCUUCCAUGACCAAAUCAUCAAAAAGAAAAAAGAACAUUCAUACAGGAUUUUCAAAAAAGUCAAUAGACUUGCGGGUCCUGGUCAAUUUCCAAAAGCUCUGGAAUAUACAUGGGGUGAGAAGCCAAUAACUGUUUGGUGCUCCAAUGACUACUUGGGAAUGUCUUGCCAUCCUGAAGUGAAAAAUGCUGUCAGGAAUGCUUUGGACACUUUCGGAUCAGGUGCCGGAGGCACUCGCAACAUAUCAGGAAAUUCAACUCUGCACGAAAAUUUGGAGAAGAAGCUGGCCAAAUUACACCAAAAAGAUGCUGCCUUAUUAUUUACCUCCUGCUUCGUCGCUAACGAUUCCACAUUGUUCACUCUGGCCAGAUCGUUACCUGGGUGUCACAUCUUCUCGGAUGCCGGUAACCACGCUUCCAUGAUCCAGGGCAUAAGGAACAGCCAAGUACCGAAGCAUAUAUUCAAGCACAACAAUCCAGCACACUUAGAAGAACUUUUGAGCAAGGUGGAUAAGUCCAUUCCUAAAAUCGUUGCAUUUGAAACGGUCCAUUCCAUGACUGGAGCUGUAUGUCCCCUCGAAGAACUUUGCGACAUCGCUCAUAAGUAUGGCGCCCUGACCUUUGUGGAUGAGGUGCAUGCCGUUGGUUUGUACGGUGAACAUGGAGCUGGUAUCGGAGAAAGAGAUCACCAAUUGCACAAAAUGGAUAUCAUAUCUGGCACAUUAGGAAAGGCCUUCGGAAACAUCGGUGGAUACAUAGCAUCCUCGUCAUCCUUGAUCGAUAUGGUUAGAUCCUACGCGGCAGGAUUCAUUUUUACAACCUCUCUACCACCAACCGUUCUAGCUGGUGCGGCAAAAGCUGUGGAUAUUCUGGCUUCGGAGGAGGGUAGGGAAUUGAGGAAACGUCAUCAGGGUAAUGUUAAGUACCUGAGGAAUACAUUGUUACGUGAAGGAUUCCCAGUGGAGCACACCCCAAGCCAUAUUAUACCUAUAAGAAUUGGCGACCCCAGUAGAUGCAGCCUCAUCAGCGAUACACUGAUGAAGGAGAAAUCUCAUUAUAUCCAGGCUAUAAACUACCCAACGGUCGCUAGGGGUGAGGAAAAGUUGAGAUUGGCACCUACUCCCUUCCACAACAAAGAACUGAUGGACACCCUAGUCGCUGAUCUGAAAGACGUUUGGAAAAAUCUGGAGAUUCCUUUGAUCGGACGAAAAUGUGACGCUGAGUGCAAGUUCUGCCACCAGCCAAUUUUGUUCGAUUACUUCGAGGCCAGGACAAGAACUAAGAAUUACAACACUUGCAAUAUUCCGAACUGCCCUCAGUUGGUGUCGACUGCCUGAUGGUCUGGUUGGUGUUCGCAAAGUUUCAGAAUGGUGGAAUGCGCAAUAAACGACUAAGCAGCAAUAGUAAAAUCGGUUCUGGUAUUUCGUCAAUGUAUUCGUCGAUUUAUCUAAAUUAUUUGGCUUUCAGGAAUUAGAGAAGUUUGAGAAUGCACUCUGUUUGAGCAAAUAUGAGAAAAUAAAAAUAUAUAUACAAAAAUAAAUUAUUUGAAUGGGAA